AUGGCCACCCUCGACGUCCUCGAUGCUCGGAAACGUGUCUCUGCUGACCCCUCUGCUGUAUUGGUGCGUCCAAAAUGCUUGGGGGCAUGGCAACAUGGUCCGUGUGUUGGUGGAAGUUUGUCGCGCUCAAGUCCAACCCCUCCCUCCUCCCUCUCUUUCACGCCCUUCCUCCACAACAGCCAGCACCACAGCAACCAACACCACAGCAUGACCGACGCUCAAGUAGCUGCUGCUUGGAGUCUGCUUCUCUUCUCGUCCUUCAGCUCGAGUUUGUGCUGGUUUCACUCCCCCACUCGCGCGUGGUGGUGUGUCAGCCCCCAAUGCAAAAGGUUCCUUUGUUACAACAGCAGAGAAUCUUCCGAUGAUGGCCUGAGGGAUGCCUUGGGUCUCUCGACUGGUUGCAUAGUGUGACCGCCUUGCGUCGCUCGCAAACCCCCACAAACCCUGGCCGAGCUUCCUGCUGCAAGACCGGACAGCGUCAUGAUUUGUACUCUUGGAGCAGCGUAUCCACCGAGAAAGGCUGGGAAACAUUUCCUGCAUGCCGGCCUUGCAUGAAAAGACCGUGCGAUCCUUGGGCAGCUCUCGGCAAGCCUUUUCUGCGGGCGAACACCAGAGGAUGUCAUUUGCAACGACAGCGACGACGAGUUUGCAAUAAAGUAUUCCUAACGAGAACAGAUCCCGUACGUUCGUGAAUCCUAUGCAUUCUGUAAGACUUCUUACGAUGACAUCGGAAGCGGUGUUCGGCAGUACACCCCGCGAUCGUUCACCCCGCCUUUCCAUUCCAGCUGUGGAUUGUAGCCC